UAUAAUUUAUAGUUAUGGUAUUACAUAGUUACAAAUAUCAAACAUUUUCUCCUCAGUGUACGAGCAUAUAUAUUUUUCUGCGUGUAUAAUUUAAGACAUCGAUUUUAGAUAUACAAAUGUUAACAAUCUUUUUCUCUCACUGUAUUAAAUACUCUUAUAUUUUAUUACUUAAGAAGGGGGAGAAGGAAUCCAAAUAAAUCCCCGUACGGUAAACAGGGAAAUCGAGCCUAAUUCCGGUCGAGUCAUGCCGAUCGCGAGUGGAAACUGCGAGUAGGAAACGAUCGGGCAGUAGAAACGGACGGCCUCGGGCGGACAGACAGACGGACGACGAAGGAGGAAAGCGUUUCCCCGCUCGCACUCUCGGCCACGGCGGCUGCAACGUGACCGCGGCACCACGUGACCAGCACGUCCAAUUGGAUCGGCCGCGGAUCGGCGGUCACGUUGCGCUCGGCGUGGCUCAGCCGCCCCCGCGCCUCCCUGCACGCUUCUCCCUCGCCUAUCGGCCCUCCGCGACUAGUGCGUUCGCAUAUGCGAUCGACUGUUAGCGCGGUGCGGUUUUGCGCGCUUGGUUUUCCCCGACGCGACGGUGCGGGCGAUUUUCAUUGAAAUUCCGACGAAAACACGAGAAAGGGGUGAGACAGGAUUCGCUGGAACCGAGCGCGUCCGCGAGUGCCCGCGAGAAUUUCCACGGCGAUCCCCCCGCGCUUUCGCUCGCGAAGUCCCGGAGUGAACUAUAUCGUCGAAUUUCAUCACGUCGGACGUGUUAUCGCUGUCGCAUUUUUCCUACUUUUUCCCCCCGAAGAAGGGGCCACUUGGUGCGGCGAUUUUCCAGUGUGCGUGUGCCACGAGUGACGCGCGGCAACACGCGCGAGUGUGAAUUAAUUUCUCGUCGGUGAACGUUGCACGGCGUAGUCGUAGUAGAGUCGGGAUUUAGCAUCGUGCACGAGGAUCAACGACGGUAGACGGACGCGUCGCGGAAACGGCGGCGCGUCACGAGUGAAUCGCCUCGACUGCAAUUUUCCGUCCUUCUUAGCGACCUCGAGUUGGUAGAACGAAACGGAAUAGAGAAUCGGGAGCGGGUCAAGCACGGGCCUUGUAAGACUUCUCCGCGUUGAUUCGCCGCGGAAUUCGCAAGGACGAUUCGACGACUACUCGACCGCGCGCGCUCCGGUCGUCGAUCUCCAUCGAGAUCGAGAAGCGCGAUCGACGUUCCUUCGACCUUCGCCUGAUCGUCGGAGGACGCACGAGGACGACGAGGAUGCGCGUCGUGUCCGGGCCUGCUCGGCCGGCUGAGUUGCCUCGCGGAUUCCCGGGGCUUUCGUGUGCCUAAUCGCAUCCCUGAUCUUUGGACGAGCCAGCCGGUGGUCCCUUCUGACGACGCGCUUUCACCGUCCAAUCUCUCCGACGAAAGUAAGGGAGAAAGUGCAGCGCGCUUCGAGCGCAAGCCCGUAGGGCGCACUUAGAAAAGAUGACGGGCAGCAGUAACAACAAAAUGGGUCAAGGAGUGACGUCGAUCCGGGGUGACGGCAGGAAGCACACGGUUCAUUGGUUCCGCAAGGGACUCAGGCUGCACGACAACCCCUCGUUGAGGGAGGGCCUGGCAGGCGCAUCCACUUUCCGGUGCGUCUUCGUGCUGGACCCCUGGUUCGCCGGAAGCACCAACGUCGGCAUUAAUAAAUGGAGGUUUCUGCUGCAGUGCCUGGAGGAUCUGGACUGUUCUCUGAGGAAGCUCAAUUCCCGGCUGUUCGUGAUCCGAGGUCAGCCCGCCGAUGCGUUGCCCAAGCUUUUCAAGGAGUGGGGCACGACGAACCUGACCUUCGAGGAGGACCCGGAGCCGUUCGGCCGCGUGCGAGAUCACAAUAUCUCGGCGCUCUGCAAGGAGCUCGGCAUCUCGGUGGUCCAGAGGGUCUCGCACACUCUCUACAAACUCGACGAAAUCAUCGAGAAAAAUGGAGGGAAACCGCCGUUGACCUACCAUCAAUUUCAAAACGUCGUGGCCAGCAUGAAACCGCCGGAACCGCCGGUACCAACGGUGACUUCCGCCUGCAUCGGCAGCGCCUAUACUCCCCUCAAGGACGACCACGACGACCAUUACGGUGUGCCCACCCUCGAGGAACUCGGCUUCGACACGGAGGGUUUGCUGCCUCCAGUAUGGGUUGGCAGCGAGAGCGAGGCCCUGGCACGGCUGGAACGUCACCUCGAACGGAAGGCGUGGGUGGCGAGCUUCGGCAGGCCGAAGAUGACGCCGCAGUCCUUGCUGCCGAGUCAGACUGGGCUUUCGCCUUAUUUGCGAUUCGGGUGUCUCAGCACGAGGUUGUUUUAUUACCAGCUCACCGAUCUCUACAAGAAGAUAAAGAAAGCGAUGCCACCGCUGUCGCUGCACGGCCAGCUCCUUUGGCGUGAGUUCUUUUACUGCGCCGCAACGAAGAACCCGAAUUUCGAUCGGAUGCAGGGCAACCCGAUUUGCGUGCAGAUACCGUGGGACAAGAAUGUGGAGGCGUUGGCAAAAUGGGCAAACGGCCAGACGGGUUUCCCGUGGAUCGACGCGAUUAUGACUCAGCUGAGAGAAGAGGGAUGGAUACAUCAUCUGGCGAGACAUGCGGUGGCUUGCUUCUUGACCAGGGGCGACCUUUGGAUCUCGUGGGAGGAAGGAAUGAAGGUGUUCGAUGAGCUGCUGUUGGAUGCCGACUGGUCUGUCAAUGCCGGCAUGUGGAUGUGGCUGUCAUGCAGCUCAUUCUUCCAACAAUUCUUCCACUGCUACUGCCCGGUGCGGUUCGGCAGAAAGGCGGACCCGAACGGUGAUUAUAUCAGGCGUUACCUGCCGGUGCUGAAGAACUUCCCGACCAGAUACAUCCACGAGCCGUGGAACGCGCCGCUCAGCAUACAGCAUGCGGCCAAGUGCAUCAUCGGCAAAGAGUAUUCGCUGCCGAUAGUGAAUCACAGUAAGAGCUCGCGCAUCAACAUCGAGCGGAUGAAGCAGGUGUACCAGCAGCUGAAUAAAUACCGUGGUAACGGAGCUUCGUUCAAAGGAGAAACUGUCGGCCUGUUGAACGCGUUGCUGGCACCGCCGACGAAUGACACCGACGAGAAGAAGACGAAGCAAGAUUCGCCGGACCAGGAAAACGAGCAGAAAAUGGAGACCAUCAGCAGUCCCACGCAGCAGCAGCAGCAACAGCAACAGCAACAACAGCAGAAAUAGCAACAGCCGUUGUAGAAAUUCAACAUAUUCGCCAAUUUGUUGUAAUAACACGGACGCUUCUUUCGUGAAUUUCACCGACAACGACUGAGCUCGAAUGGAACUUUUUCCAAUCGCGUGGAACCCGUAUCUGCAAUUAUUUAUUUGGUGAUGCGUUAUGCAUUCAUGCAUGCUCACGUACGCAAUUCCGACGAGGACAUUUCUCUGUGAACGCGAUAAGCAGUAAUGAUAAGCGAGCGCGCUACUAGAAAACAACACUUUAAUACCCAAGAAAUCUUUUAUUUGGAAACUUUUUCUAAGUGCUAUUUUCUUUCAAAACUACCUUAAAAUCUUAGGGAAAAAUCACAAAAAAUUUUUUCAUAUAGGUGCCGGAAACUCACUCGCAGUUAUGAUGGGCAGUAAGUCAUAUACGAGGUGAGGGAAAAAUAUGGAAACCUUGAAAAAUUCCGAAAAAUAUAAGUUUUACAGAAAAGUGUUUCGGAUAAAAGUUAUAUGGUUUAACAAGAUCUAUUUAUCUUACCAGUCUGACUAUGGGUAGUGUCGCCAAGAUCAGGACAAGGUCAAGUUGAAUUUUUUAAACGUGACCCCUUAUUGUUGAGGUUAAAAACUAGGUCUGAUGACUAAACAUCAAGUUGUAUUAUGAACAGUUAAUUUCCUUCGUGUGACUAUCGCGAUUGUGAUGGUUGAGACUUAAAGGGUUAACGAAACGCGCGGGUUCCUUCGAAUUAGCUUUCACUCGGUCGCGGAAAAACCUAUCCAUUGUGUGCGAAUAUAGCCCGGUGCUUCUUUGAAAAUUAAUGCCCGCGCUGUCUUCCUUCAGCCUUGGCUUCAUUUCAUCCUGCGAUAGGUCAUCUAACCUUACGGCGCAGCUUGGAUCCUUCGAUAGAUAUAUUGCGAGUUCAACAGUUCUAAUAAAUUUUAACAUUAUACAUAUCAGUAUCAAGACGUACUAAUUGGAUAUAUUAGAGGUCUUUAUGAGAUUUAUUUUUAGAUACAUAGCGAGCAACGACUUAAGUGUUAAACGUGAAAGAAAAAGAAGGAGAGAGCACGACGAAAUGACGUGUUAUUUUUUUAACAUUCGUAGAGAACUUAAUCGAUGUCUCAUGAAGACACGUUUAGAGGUGUCCCUCGAUGAGUUUGAUCGGCAUUGGAUAUAUUAUAGAGUAACUAAAAAUAUAGGAGACACUUUUCAGAUGCUUUUUUUUUAUAUGUGUUUCUCUUUGUACGUUUACGAAUUAAAAUAACUCUUCGACGGUAAUUUGUUAUUAAUUAUGAGAGAAUAUCUUUACAAUUAUAAGGUAUAUAUAGGGUGUCCGAUAUCAUUUUCUCGAGAUCCGUAGUGUGCAGGUAGAAGGAUGAAACUGAAGAAAAAAGUCAUGUGCCAUUUUGCAAAUUUUGCAAAAUAGUACGUCAUUUUUUUGUUCAGUUUUAUCCGUUCUGCACAUUACGGAUUCUGAGAAAAUCAUCGGAUACUCUAUAUAAUCUAUUUAUAAUGGUGCAAUUAAAUAACUUACAUAAAUAUUAUAUUUUCAACAUAUUAUUGUCUUACACUAUCGUUCUCAUAAAUUCCAAAAUUUUAAUAAUGAUGAGAAUUAAGAAAAUUUUACAUUGAAUUUUUAUUCAUAUGUAUAAUACAGUUAUUUUCUAGAUUCGCAUUUGUAGGGUAUAUAAGCUCUAAAUAUUGUGCUACACACGGCGCGCUCUCUCUCCCUCUCUAUAUAUAUAUAUAUAUAAUUAGUUUUAUCUCUCUCUCUCUCUCUCUUUCUCU